AUGGAGAACAGGACACAGGUGACUCAGUUCUUCCUGCUGGGACUGACCGAUGACCCACAACUGCAGGUUCCCCUCUUCAUCACCUUCCUCCUCAUCUACACCAUCACUGUGGCUGGGAACCUGGGGAUGCUCCUGCUGAUCCUCCUGGACCCUCGUCUGCACACUCCCAUGUACUUUUUCCUGGGUAACCUGUCUCUGGUGGAUUUCUGCUACUCUUCAGUUGUCACUCCCUCGGUCAUGGCUGAGCUCCUGACAGGAAACAAGGUCAUUUCCUACAAUGCCUGUGCUGCUCAGAUGUUCCUGUUUGCAGCCCUCAUUUGUGUGGAAAAUUAUCUGUUUACUGCAAUGGCCUAUGACCGCUAUGUAGCAGUGUGCAAGCCCCUGCACUACACCACCACCAUGAGGAGCAGUGUGUGUGUAGGUCUCGUCACAGGCUGCUAUGUCCUUAGUUUACUGAAUGCCUGCAUCCACACUGGGGAAGCCUUCAGUCAGUCCUUCUGCAGCUCCAAUAUCAUCCAUCAUUUUUUCUGUGAAGUCCCACCAGUCAUGGCUCUCUCCUGCUCUGACAAACAAGUUGGUGAGCUGGUUAUUGUUUAUCUUGUGAGCUUCCAUAUCUUUUUUGCCAUCGUGUUUAUUUCAACAUCCUACAUCUUCAUUUUUGGCACCAUCCUAAGAAUGCGCUCAGCUGCAGGACAUCUCAAGGCUCUGUCCACCUGUGCCUCCCACUUCACUUCUGUUUCCAUCUUCUAUGGGGCUACAAUGUUCAUGUACCUACAGCCCAGCUCCAGUCACUCCAUGGACACUGCCAAAAUCACCUCUGUGUUCUACACCAUGGUCAUCCCCAUGCUGAAUCCUGUGGUCUACAGCCUGAGGAACAAGGAGGUCAAGAAAGGAUUCUUAAAGCUUCUUUUGCAUUGGUUUUUGGGGUUUUUUGCCAUUUACUUACAAAUUCAACCAAAUUCAUGCCACAGGCCUUUUGCACUUGCUCUUCCUGAUGCAGAUGUUCUCACUCUAUUCAGAACCCUGACUCUAUGGGAUCUCGUCAUGGAGCCCUUCCUUGUCCAACUUCUUCAGCUGCUCAGGCUUCUGUCAUCAAUGACCAUUUUAACUUUAAUGCAGAGUCAGAAGUUUGAUGGAGACAGAUCUGGUGAAGAAGGUGCAGGAGGACUCACUGUAAGGUUUUCAUUGGAUGGAAAUUACCAUAAACAUUUUGAACCAAACAAGCACAUGGAGGCAGGCAGAAGAUGA